UUGGACACAACACAUUUCAGUGGAGGAGGCGGGAGAGGAGGUGACGGUGACCGGCAGUGAGGUAAUUUAAGGAGCUGGAAUCCAACUAAUAAUAGAAUACAAGGCUGCAGAAAGAGACAAUGUGGAAAUGAAUCUUGUUUCCUGCUUUAGCCAACUAAAGAUAUCAUUUCUUCUUAAGCUUCUGAAUGGUUCAAAGAAACUAUUUUCAUUUUCUGGAUAGAAGUUUUUAACUUAUACAUGAUGAGUCUCACAGGAGAGAGACCACAUCUGUGCUCUGAGUGUGACAGAAGCUUUACACAUAAAUCAUAUCUUAUCAGACAUCAGAGGAGUCACACAGGAGAGAAACCAUUUACAUGUUCUGAUUGCAGCAAGUGUUUUUCCCAUAAGUCAUUUCUUGUUAUUCAUCAGAGGAGUCACACAGGAGAAAAACUAUUUACAUGUUCUGAAUGUAGGAAGUGUUUUCCCCAGAAGUCGGAACUUGUUAUUCAUCAGAGGAGUCACACAGGAGAGAAACUAUUUGAAUGUUCUGAAUGUAUGAAGUGUUUUUCCAAUAAGUCGUAUCUUGUUAUACAUCAGAGGAGUCACACAGGAGAGAAACCAUUUACAUGUUCUGAAUGCAAGAAGUGUUUUCCCCGGAAGUCAGAGCUUGUUAUACAUCAGAGGAGUCACACAGGAGAGAAACCAUUUGAAUGUUCUGAAUGUUGGAAGUGUUUUUCCCAGAAUUCAUUUCUUGUUAUACAUCAGAGGAGUCACACAGGAGAAAAACCAGUUACAUGUUCUGAAUGUAGGAAGUGUUUUUCCCAGAAGUCGCAUCUUGUUAUACAUCAGAGGAUUCACACAGGAGAAAAACCAUUUACAUGUUUUGAAUGUAGCAAGUGUUUUUCCCAUAAGUCAUCUCUUGUUAUGCAUCAGAGGAGUCACACAGGAGAGAAACCAUAUACAUGUUCUGAAUGUAGGAAGUGUUUUUCCAAGAAGUCAUUUCUUGUUAUACAUCAGAGGAGUCACACAGGAGAAAAACCAUUUACAUGUUCUGAAUGCAGCAAGUGUUUUUCCCAUAAGUCAGAGCUUGUUAUACAUCAGAGGAGUCACACAGGAGAAAAACCAUUUACAUGUUCUGAAUGUAGGAAGUGUUUUUCCCGGAAGUCAUAUCUUGUUAUACAUCAGAGGAGUCACACAGGAGAAAAACCAUUUACAUGUUCUGAAUGUAGGAAGUGUUUUUCCCGGAAGUCACAUCUUGUUAUACAUCAGAGGAGUCACACAGGAGAGAAACCAUUUACAUGUUCUGAAUGCAACAAAAGCUUUACAUAUAAAUCACAGCUUCUCAUACAUCAGAGGAGUCACACAGGAGAGAAACCACAUCUGUGCUCUGUGUGUGACAGAAGCUUUAAAAGUAAAUCAUAUCUUCUCAUACAUCAGAGGAGUCACACAGGAGAGAAACCACAUCUGUGCUCUGAGUGUGACAGAAGCUUUACACAUAAAUCAAAACUUAUCAUACAUCAGAGGAGUCACACAGGAGAGAAACCAUUUAAAUGUUCUGAAUGUAGCAAGUGUUUUUCCCAGAAGUCAUAUCUUCUCAUACAUCAGAAGAGUCACACAGGAGAGAAACCACAUCUGUGCUCUGAGUGUGACAGAAGCUUUACACAUAAAUCAAAACUUAUCAUACAUCAGAGGAGUCACACAGGAGAGAAACCAUUUGAAUGUUCUGAAUGCAGCAAGUGUUUUUCCCAGAAGUCACUUCUUCUUAUACAUCAGAGGAGUCACACAGAAGAGAAACCAUUUAUUUGUUCUGAAUGCAGCAAGUGUUUCUUCCAGAAGUCACAUCUUGUUAUACAUCAGAGGAUUCACACAGGAGAGAAACCACAUCUGUGCUCUGAGUGUGACAGAAGCUUUACAUGUAAAUCACAUCUUACCAAACAUCAGAGGAGUCACACAGGAGAGAAACCACAUAUGUGCUCUGAGUGUGACAGAAGCUUUACAUGUAAAUCACAUCUUAUCAGACAUCAGAUGAGUCACACAGGAGAGAAACCAUUUGAAUGUUCUGAAUGCAGCAAGUGUUUUUCCCAGAAGGCACCGCUUGUUAUACAUCAGAGAGUUCACACAGGAGAGAAACCAUUUGAAUGUUCUGAAUGCAGCAAGUGUUUUUCCCUGAAGUCAGAGCUUGUUAUACAUCAGAGGAGUCACACAGGAGAAAACCCAAUUAUAUGUUCUGAAUGCAGCAAAUGUUUUACCAGAAAGUCAUAUCUUGUUAUACAUCAGAUGAUUCACACAGGAGAGAAACCAUUUAAAUGUUCUGAAUGUAGCAAGUGUUUUUCCCAUAAGUCAUUUCUUAUUCGACAUCAGAGGAGUCACACAGGAGAGAAAUAAUUUAUAUGUUCUGAGUGCAGCAAAUGUUUUUCCCAUAAGUCAUAUCUUGUUAUACAUCAGAGGAGUCACACAGGAGAGAAACCAUUUACAUGUUCUGAAUGUAGCAAGUGUGAAAACACUCAGUAAUCACAUGCGGAGUCACUCUGAGGGCCUGAAUGCAGCUUGUGUAUCAUAAGUAAUGUAACUUAUCACAACUGUAUGAAUUCAAUGGAACCAAUAUCUAUUUUCUGAAUGUGACAAGUGUUUUAUAUAAAUCAGUCUUGAUAAAGACAGGAGAGGUCUGACAAGUGGACCUGGAGGUACUUUUCCCCUUGGGAAGGUCUCUGUGUUAGGAACUAGAGCUGCAGUAUAACAAUAGUCAAUGACCGUGGGACUGCCAUUACUGAGCUCUGUAAUAUACAGCUGUUCUGCUCAUGCAGGUGCUGGGACUAGUAGAGAGUUCCAGCAGCUCCUCUCAGUACUGGGAUUCCUUCUCUGACCAGCAGGGUUAUGAGUGCUGGGUAUUUCUACAGGAACAAUGUAUGCUGCUCUGUUUCACCGUAUGGGUUAUUGUACGGGGUGUUAUUUUUAACCACUUUUUAGAUGCCAUUUUGUCCAUGUUUAACUCCAUUUUGUAUAUGUAUGACCUUAUUGCUUUAUAUACUGUACAUACUUUUUAUUAGGAUUAGUGCUUUGCAGACAUAUAGGCACCAGUUAGAAAUAUAGUGUCACGUUAAGUUACAAGUUUUCUUUCACCUUUGACAUAGUGUGAAAGACAUAGUGAGUGGGAAGUGUAUACAGCUUUUAGGAUGGCUGAUUAUAAUAAAUAUAUGUUCCUGUUA